AGCGCACCCACCAGUUUUCACGAGCCCCAAGCACGAGCCACAGCGAGCGCCAGCGCACCAACCGCCUCCAUGGGUGGCGGCCCUCCGGAAUACGAGCCAGUUGCCCCUGGAAGCCGCCAAAGUCCCAUCGCGACUGAGACUCCUUUGUCUCAGUCACCGUCUCGCACAAUCUCACAUUCUGCAGCAGCGCACAUUCACCAUGCUGCAAACUCUGUAGCCAGCUCAGGUCCCGCCACCGCCCAGCUCUCUUGCAGCCCACCCGCCGACAGCACAGAGACGGCCGCCCCAUCCUUGCGAACUGAUCGACAGAGCCCGACCAGCCGCCCUAUCGAGACGACACAAGACCCGACUGCAGCAGCGGCAGCCGCUCGAGGAAGAAGCGCAACAACCAGUAGCCUCAUCAGGCAGAGACUCCAAGAAUUGCCUUUGGAGUCGUCACUUCCGACCGGCAUCAUCAAGCCACAGCCAAUUCUCCGGACUGCCUCAACCAAGAGCGUGUCCUUGCGUCACCCGGCGCCCGACAUUACGCUGCCCAACACCCGGGCCAGCAGCAUCGCGCAACUCGAGGCCACGGCUGAGAGGCUGUCGAUGACCUCGUCCAUUGAAGACGCGAUCCGAGACUUGCACGACGAGCAGAAGCGUAUCGACAGUAGACGCUCGUCCAUCCUUGCCGCCAGUGUUGCUUCUGCCAACGAAGGCUCCGAACUACCGUACACCUUUUCUCGACAGAUUUCCGGCACGAGCUCCAUCCUCGAAAUCAACAACGCAGCGAGGCAAGGCGGCUACUCACCAGCUGCCUAUGUCCUGUCCCCAGCAAGCUCCUUGCGAUCGACGACUUCGCGUUUGCGCUCAGGCUCGACCGGGCUAUACAAGACCAGAACCCUUGACGACAUGGAAGAGGCGAGCAGCUCCAUAUCACGCCACGGCCCCGGCAAGGGUUCAGUGCACAGCGUCAGAUCAAUGAGCAAGCCCGCGUUGCUGACCAACAUUGCUGAGUUGGAGCCAACCACCCUCACCCAGGAAGCCAUGGAUGCCGCUGAUCGCCUGCCCGAGCUGGCGAUGGAAGACGAUUCCACGCUGAGGAUCCCACCUCUGGAUCCCGCCGAUCGCACGCCUGACGCUCAUCAAUUCGAGGAUCAGGCGGCGAUGGACUACUGGGACCAAGCCGUUGCGGAUUCACAGCGCCAGCCUGUGCAGGAGCCACAUGACGACGAUGACGCACGAUCACACUAUGCUGGUUCCGUUGGGACAUUCGAGCAGGCGGAGCUGGCGUUUGCAGACUUUGAUGGGACCCACGCAUCCCCAGACUCUGAGAACGACGAUGAACCAGUCAUGCCAUCCUUCGAACAGGUCCAGCAAGGCCAUGUGUCUUUUCUUAUGCCUCAUGACAUGCAGAACGAACACAGAGACGUUGCAUCGUCUGCACUCCAUAAUCCCCGACGAUCGCAGCAUGCAAUGUCCACGGCCCGGCCUAAGUCAUACCUCGAUCCCGAAACUGGCAAUACCAUGCUCUACUAUCCAGCGCGGGUGCCUAUGAUGCUCAACGUGCCUCAAAGGCUGUCCAUGAAGCCCAAGGCUGAAGUACGGAACAAGAGACGAACACAGGUACUGACCGAGAUGUCCGAGAUGAAUCGCCAAUCUGGCAUGUCGUGGCUUCCCGAGUUCCACAACGAGCCACUCAUGGGCCCCAUGCUGGACCACGAAGCCACGACCACAGCUCCGACGGACGGAAAUCCAGACAGGGCCCUUGCUGAUUUGCCACCCACAUCUCCCCCUCUUGACGAGGUCACAGAGUUCCAGCCCAUGCUGCGCGAGAAUCCACCUACGGGCAAUGAAGAGGCACGAAAAUCGCAGAUGUCUCUGAUGCCGAGGCCAGACAAGCGUAAGAGCCGCAUGUCAACAAUGGAUAUGUUGCCUCCUCAAUUGCGUGCCAGCGCCUUCUUUGACCUUCCGUCUGAGACGACCGCUCUUGAGCUCAAAGAUGGAUCUGCCACCGCGACCCUGGAUAGUAUCCUGGAUGCCUCGGCGGGUGCUCCCGUAUCUGCAUUCACGGAUCAUGCAUUCGCGGGCACACUAGGAUCUGAGGUUUACGGAACCGAGAAAAAGCGCAAGUCAACAAUCAAUCGCCUCAGCACUGGUAGCGCGCUCGGCCUUGCAAACCGUCGGUCCCAGAUGCACCUGCGUAAGCCAAGUGCAUUGAGCAGGCACUCACGAUUGGCCGAAAGUCUUCGAAACGGAUCUCUUAAAAGCGAUGAUGGCCAUGAGCCUGGGCGGACACGACUGUCCGCAUCUGUUGAUGGUAGAGAUGAUCAUGGGAGGCACGGACAUUCAAGUGAAGAUGAUGACGACCGGGUCCACGAUGAUGAUGAUGACGAGGACCAGAGAGAAGGAGAAGAAGAUGAUGAUGACGACGAGGAAGGGGACGAAGGGGAGGAGGAGUACCACGGCCCACCAACUACUCUUCUUGCUGAGCUGCAGAUUCGAAAGCAGCAACAGAAGCUGCGAACACGAGUUGCUGCCCAAGCCUAUCCUAAUGGAAUGCACUCGACGCUGUUAGAGAUGGACGCCGUUGCGGAGGUUGAACGGAAAGCACGCAAGGGCAAGAAGAUCAAUCUUGCUUGGGAGGCCCCUAGAGCUGGCGACGACUCGGACUCGGACGACGAAGAUCUUCCUUUGGGGCUGCUGUUGGCGACAAAAUCUCAGGGCAAUCUCGCCGCGGCUGUCGCAGAGCUCAACCGGCCCAUGGGUCUGAUGGAGAAGAGGGAGAUGGAGGAAAACGAGCCCCUGAGUCAGCGUCGUAACCGUCUUCUCGGUCCAAACGCCGCGCCUCUCCGCCAACCACAAAGCAUGGCAUUGCUCGGACAUGAACGGAAUGCAUCUGGCAUGUUGCACCCACAUAGUCCGCGCGUUGCCACACGUACCCCUGAGGAGGAUGAGAACGAAGAAGAGACUCUGGGAGCCCGUAAGCUGCGGCUGCAAGCUCGAGAGAAGUCAGACUCGGCACUUCCAGAGGCUCGGCCUGUCAGUGCCGCAUUCACAACGGAGCUGCUUAGCGCCUUCAAGGGCGAAGAACCAGAGACCGAAGACAAGAAACCCAAUGCCACCACAGAGGAGGAAGAGACUUUGGGCCAGCGGCGCCGACGCCUGCAGGCAGAGAAGGAAGCUCGUGAAAGGGAGAUGGGCACAGGCGACAUGCUUGGUCUCUCUGAGAACCCUCAGCCUGCUCGUGCCGAGCUGCCCAAGACUCAUUCCAUGGCCGAUGUUCUUGGCGCAUACGGCAGAAGAGUUGUAGCCGACGAUCCCCGGCACGCUGUCGAGAAGAUGAAACAAGCAGAGGGUAUGCGUUACAAGCAAGAACAAGAGCAGAAGUUGGCGGCUUACCGGAGCCAGCUUCCCACAAAUCUGAGUACACCCAACCUGCAGGCGCCCGGGGGUUACAUGUUGGGACGCUUCAACGACGGCACUGGCGGCGGGCUGGGCCAGCCCCGUGCCAGCGUGGUCUUGAACCAGUUCAAUGAGCCGAGUCGACAGACUGGCAGCCCGUAUCUCAUGAACGCUUUGAACCCUAUGCAGGGCGCUAUGAACCCUAUGCAGGGUUACAUGCAGCCAAGCUACAGCCAGCAAGUCUUUGCUGCCCCGAGCUACAACAACCCAGCAUUCGGUGCGCAGGGCUUUGUUCAGCCCAUGAUGAACCCGUAUGGAAUGGCUAUGCCUGGACAACCGCCGCCGCUGGACCGGGUAGAGCAGUGGCGUCAGGGCGUACUGCAGUAGCUCUGACCACUAUCCUCGCACACUGCGGUGACAGUCCUUUUGUCUGAGGGGUUGUAAACACAAGGUGUUUUUUUUUUCUUGUGGUAACACAUCUUGAAAUUUAGGGAAGCAUUGCGUGUGGCGUUUUCUUGUUUACAGACACACGGGGGCAUUCGGUAGAUUUGGGUACAGACGAGAGACAGAGGAGAAGGAGGAGAUAGACGAAGAGAGCAUAGGGGGGGUAUACACAUAGCACCGGGGGCUGUUUUCUAGGUCAUUAGCAUCAGCGUGCACGCAUCAGAGGGGCCGGCAGCACAUAACGGCGGCUGUCCUAGGAUAUACAUACGAGACCGAGAGACACCUGAACAGAUAUUUAGAACUAAUAACGCCAAACUUUUGAUUUCAA